CCGCGUGUUGUUGAUGUUCGUUGAAUCACAGCUUAAUUUGAUUUGGCAAAAAUACAUACGAUAUCGGCCCCGAUCAGUCCCGCGGGUGUGCAUAAGAUAGUGAUUUAUUCAAAGCAUCAUUCACGCUUUACUAUUGUUCUUCUUCGAUAGCAUUCAUUCCACUUCAAAGUCAACAAUGUCUCGGUUGGGCCACCUACAAUCACAAACCAGCGGCGCGUCGACGAGGACGGUGUGCGAUGAGAUUGCGUGUUCUUAAAAUAACCAAAUACACGCUGCAAGAAAAGAAGUCCGGCAAAGAGGUCAUCAACAGCGAGCAGAACAACUCGGCAACGGUCGGUUCUUCACAGCGAAUCAUUCCGCCAACUUGACCGCAGCUCAGGACGCACCGAUACUUAAGCUGACAAGAAUGGUUGACUCGCCCCAUCAUGUCCAUUUCGACCAGGCGGUGAUAAACGACGGAUUGCACGAUAACAGCAUUAUCUACCAAGUCGCGCCCGAUGGAACGUCCCUGACCGUACACUUGGGCUUUCUGCAGAUAAAUCAUCGCUACCGCAUCGAGCUGACUGUGCCGGCACAGGCCAUAAAGGAUGCGGGUUUUACGGUCGACGGCAACAGCGCGUUCGUUGCGCAGGAUGUCGCCGUGCCGAACGUGCACUGUCGACUGCUGGAGUUUCCCUCCCGUACCGUCGAUGUGAAGGGAGUGGACCACUUUGCGGUAACAAUCGAAUUUUUCGCUCACAAGGAGAAACUGCUGAAGGAACGAUUGCAUUUAUGUGGUAAAGAGGACUCAGAACGCCGGUUGGAAUUGAUCCUGGUCGCACGUGUGCUGGGCAAGGGCAAAGGGACGCCAAUGCUUCGCAAUGGAAUUCACUGCAUCGGGGUGGAGAAAACGGACGAAGAAUCGGAAAUGUCCGAUUGGCAGGGAUUUGCGAAGGAAAAGUAAGUGACGCGCAGCACACCGUUCGAUUGUGUACUUUUACUUCCUAUUGAUAGCGUAAUAAAUUUCCCAAGCUCUUUAAACAAA